AUGUUGACAAGGGUUGGCGGAAGACUUGUGAGAUACAGGGCCUCGUGCGUGGUCAAGGCACGCCUAUGCCAACCGAGGAGGCAAGCGUCAUCUUGUUGGGGACUCGAUCUCGAGGUUGGGCUUGUCUGUCGACAGGGCCGAGCUGGGAGGAAUCGCCGGUUUGGAAUUGGGCUGCUGUUGGGACUCGCGCGGAGGCCUUGA